AGCGAAGUCUCCGUCCAUUCCCAAUCAUCGCCAAAAUAUCCGGCAACUAGAUCUCCGCCGCCCACCGCCGCCCCAUGUCUUCCUCCACCGCCGUCACCGACGACCAAUUCGCCACGCCGACGCUGGAUGCCGAGUCAUCCGGCAUCCUCCAGUCCGUCUCCUCCCACGGCGGGUACGCCUACGUCAGGAUGGCCACGCUGGCCGCCACCGGCGACUCCCGGGCGGCGGAGGCCGCCCACGAGAUGGCGUGGGAGCAGCUCCACUCGGGCCCCUGGCACUCCGUGCUCCCCGUCUGGCGGGACGCCUACUCCAUGGCCUGCCUCCUCGUGGCCAGGUUCCACUGCCGGGACGGCGAGUACAAGGAAGCGCUUAGGGUUUUGGACAUGGGGCUGAUCAUGGGCGGAAUGCUUCUCCGUGGCGACUUGGAUUCCGCCAUCCAGAUCAUCUCGGCGAAAUCUAGGGGAGGUGGCGGGGAAAGGGAGGGAGGGAAGUGGAGAUUGGUUGAGGAUGGGGAGUUUAGUAAGGCGGAGGUGCUUCGUGUUUUGCCUGUGAAAUCAUUGACUGGCAAGCUUGUGGCGAAGAGAUCGGGUCUGUCGCUGGAAGGGUUUCUCCGGGAUCAUUUCUUAGCUGGAUCGCCGGUUAUCAUCAGCGAUGGUAUGGCUCACUGGCCCGCCAGCAGAAAGUGGAACGAUGUUGAUUAUCUGAGAAGGGUGGCCGGCGAUAGGACGGUUCCAGUUGAGGUUGGGAAGAACUAUUUAUGCCAGGAGUGGAAGCAAGAGCUGAUAACAUUUUCCCAGUUUCUCGAGCGUAUUAGCUCUUCCUCUGGUGUCCCCACUUAUCUUGCUCAGCACCCAUUAUUCGACCAGAUAACUCAACUGCGUAAUGAUAUAUGCAUCCCGGACUACUGCUGUGCUGGCGGCGGAGAGCUUAGGUCUCUUAAUGCUUGGUUUGGCCCUGCUGGCACGGUUACCCCUUUGCACCAUGAUCCUCACCAUAACAUACUUGCACAGGUUGUUGGCAAGAAGUACAUCAGGCUUUAUUCUGCUUCACUGUCAGAUGAACUCUAUCCGCAUAAGGAAACCAUGCUCUACAACUCCAGCCAGGUUGAUCUCGACAACAUAGACGAGAAGCAAUUCCCAAAGCUGCAUGACCUGGAAUUCCUGGACUGCAUUCUGGAGGAAGGUGAAAUGCUCUACAUCCCACCGAAAUGGUGGCACUAUGUCCGGUCUCUAACGACUAGUCUUUCAGUUAGCUUUUGGUGGAAUAACGACUCUGGAAGCUCAUCCAUGUCUUCGUAGCAGCAGCCACUUUCCGUCUUUCCACAUCUGGCUCAAUUCGGUAGGGGGUGGAUUGAUUAAUCACGAAGUUGCUAAUUUCCAGCAGCUACAAGCACUUUUUUGCUUUGCUUGGUGGGAAGAGGUAAAGAGGAGGUUUUGAUUUAUUAUGACAAACUAUUUCCUCGUGUAUAGGACUAUUGCUACAUCAAUGCUGAGUAAUUACUUGUGGUUUAGGAGGGUCUAGAACAAGUAUUAGUGUUACAAUUAUGAGUAUUUCCAGAGUAAACUGGUGUGCAACUCUUUUUUCCCUUUGGUACUUCUGUCUUUCAUGAAAUAAUGUUAUGGGGAUCCUUCUAGCUUUGCUUAUGUUAUGAUCAAAUUCGGUGCAUCAGUAAUGGUAUGGUCGUGUUUAGCAACAAUUGAAAACCGUGAUUAUAACUAUAUUAACAUCCAGAAACAACACACACUGUCACCCAAGAUUCCAGUCCGCUACACACGACGUUAUAACUGCAAAGCCGAGGCUAGCAGGCAUGCACCAUCAAGUUUGGACAGCUCUAGCAAUGCCGAACGCAGCGGCAGAAGCAAUGGCACCUAUAAGUGCAGUUUGCAAGGCACUGAUGAACGGCCUGCUCCCAGUGAAAUGACCCUUUGCGAACCCGAACAGCAGCAACGCUAUAAGCGUCACGAAGACCGACGCAAUCACCGCGUCCUGAGCCCUCGCGAUGAACAUGUAAGGAACGAGAGGCACCAAUCCCCCGAUAAUGUACGCAAUCGCGAUCGUCAACGCACUCUGCACUGCCCUUCUUGGAUCCGGCUUCUCCAGUCCCAGCUCAAACCUGCAUAUA